UCAGCGAGAUCGGGACAGCCUCGGGUGGGAGGCGGAGAAGGCGAAGCAGGUGCUGGACCACCUGCUGAAGGAGGGCAUGGCCUGGCUGGACGCGCAGGCCCCGGCCGAGCCGCAGUUCUGGCUGCCUGCGCUCUUCUCGGAGCUGCACGGGCCGGACGGCACGGCCGGGACCUGAGCGCCCCGGCUGGAAUCCCGGCUGGAAUCCCGGCUGGAAUCCGCCCCAGGAUCACCGGGAAUCCAUCCCAGAAUCCCCAGGAAUCCCGGCUGGAACCCUCAGGAAUCCCUCCCAAGAUCCUUGGGAAUCCCUCCCGGAGUCCUUGGAAUCCUUCCCAGGAUCCUUGGGAAUCCCUCCUGGAACCCUCGGGAAUCCCUCCCAAGAUCCUUGGGAAUCUCCCCUGGAAUCGCAGCUGGAAUCCCCUCCGGAGUCCUCGGGAAUCCCUCCCAGGAUCCUCGGGAAUCUCCCCGGGAAUCCCUCCUGGGAUCCUCGGAAAUCCCUCCUGGAACCCUCGGGAAUCCCUCCCAGGAUCCUCGGGAAUCCCUCCUGGAGUCCUUGGGAAUCUCCCCUGGAAUCCCUCCUGGACUCCUCGGGAAUCCCGGCUGGAAUUCCCCCCCAGGAUCCUCAGGAACCCCUCCUGGGAUGCGCCCGUGAACCCCUCCUGGAAUUCCCGGGAAUCCCGGCUGGAAUCCUCGGGAAUCCCUGUUGGAAUCUUCAGGAAUCACUCCUGGGAUCUUCAGGAAUCACUCCUGGAAUCCCUGGGAAUUCCCAGCUGGAAAUCCUUGGGGAUCCCUCCUGGAAUCCCGGCUGGAAUCCUCGGGAAUCCCUCCCGGGAUCCCUCUGGGAAUCCUCAGGAAUCUCUCGUGGGAUCUUCAGGAAUCGCUCCUGGAAUCGCUCCCUGGGAAUUCCCAGCUGGAAAUCCUCGGGGAUCCCCCCUGGAAUCCUCGGGAAUCCCCCCUGGAAUCCUCGGGAAUCCCCUGGAAUCCUCGGGAAUGCUCCUGGAAUCCCUGGGAAUUCCCAGCUGCAAAUCCUUGGGGAUCCCUCCUGGAAUCCUGGCUGGAAUUCCUGGGAAUCCUGGCUGGAAUCUUCAGGAAUCGCUCCUGGGAUCCCUCUGGGAAUCCCUGGGAAUCCCUCCUGGAAUCGCUCCCUGGGAAUUCCCAGCUGGAAAUCCUCGGGAAUCCCUCCUGGAAUCCUCGGGAAUCCCCCCUGGAAUCCUCGGGAAUCCCUCCCGGGAUCCCUCCUGUCCCCACAAUCCCAGGGACCCCGGGACCGGGAAUAAAAGUUUUGUAAGAAGUUCCAGAGUUCGUCCUUAA